AUGACUGUUCUCACGCUCGGCGUCUGGUGCCUCACAGUACUCACAUCAGUCUCUGCUCUGACUCUGCAGGAGGGUCUGCCGAACCCAGAGAAGUACAUCUUCUAUGAUCGGCAAUCCGGUAAUGUGGGUAUACAGGCUGGGAUGGCUUGUCUCGCUGUCUACGGCUGCCUGCUAACUCUGGUGACAAUGCUGGCCCUGGUGGCGCGACAUCUACUGGCUGAAAUCGCUGUCCGCUAUCAACAGGCCGGCCCGGAUGGACGUGCUCAAAUGGAAGCUCAGUACGGCAAGGCUAACCUGGAUGAGCUACUCAAAAAUCACGAGACCAAUGAAUUCAUAAAGAAGAACUGCAAGCGCUGCCCUAACUGCAAACUCGUCAUUCAGGUUGGUCGGUACCAAGUUUUAUGUCCUAUUGCCCUGCCCUUUUGCAUUACUUUGCUCAACAUUUAUCCUUUGUAA